GAAGAGACAUUUUGACCCUCGCUAGUUGCUGUAGCCUCUAGAAAACAUGGCUGCUCCCUCUAGUAAGAUGUUUCUGUCCUUUGGUCGGAUAAAUGGUUUUGCUUUCAAACUAAAACCAACAAGCAGCGUCACAUACGCUACGGCUUUCUCAGUAAACUCUUCUAAUGGGAAGAAAGGCUUUCCAGAAAGAAGCGGCAAAGGUUCCUUUGGCAGACGAGCCAAAAGAGAACCGGGGAAGCCCAGGACGGAGAAGAUGCCGCUGGAUCAGGACUGGACUUCGGUUUAUCCAGCAGCAACCCCCUUCAGGGCAAACUCCGUCCCUCUUCCUGUGAGGAUGGGCUACCCUGUGAGGGGAGGAGUUCCCCCAGAGAAGAAGGGCAACUUGGAGCUAAUAAAGAUCCCAAACUUUCUCCAUCUGACGCCGGCAGCCAUCAGGAAGCACUGUGAAGCUCUGAAACCUUUCUGUACAGAGUGGCCCUCAGCCUUGGACUCCGGUGACAAAUGCGACGAGCUUUUUCCCGUCAAAAUAGAAAGCUCAGACUUUGUUUCUGCUGGCCCGUCGGUCAGAAACCCUGCAGCUCGGGUGGUUCACCUCAGAUUGAAGCUGUCCAGUUUGAAGCUGGAUGAUCACGCAUGGAAGAAAAUGCUCAAACUUGUUGGGGGCCGCUACUGCAAAGACUCGGAUAUCCUCACCAUCACGGCAGACAGCUGCCCUCUGAGACGGCAGAACUACGACUACGCCAUGUACCUGCUAACGGUUCUUUACCACGAGUCCUGGAAAAUCGAGACCUGGGAGGCCGAGAAGACCAGGGCAGACAUGGAGGAGUAUAUCUGGGAGGACAGCCCGUCGCAGAAGAACCUUCUGGACACGCUGCUCCGAGCAAAAGUGGCUGGAGCGGGAGGUGGCGAGGAGGUGAGGGAGCAGCUGCUGGAAAGACGAGAGGUUCAGGAGUACAAGGACUCGGUCGUGAGGCUGAAGAACGAAGAGAAUGAGAGCAGCUUGACACAGUACAAGGAGGCCGUUCGAAAAGUACUCAACCUGUAAUGCUCCAAAUGUGCAGAAACGUGCUUUUUACAUGCAGUUAACGACCCCUUCAUGGUAUCAUGUAAAAUUAGCUUUCAGCUUGGAGUCGGUGUUUGUUUUCCUAAAUAAAUCUGUCGUAGCAGGUGUGUUGUUAAUGAAAAGUCUUUUGCAGAUGUGUGCCCCUGGUUAAAGUUUCCACACGACAAAAGCUUUGGCUGCAGGCCGGUGACAGGAUGCAGUCAGCAGCAGGCAGUUUGAACUGGAGCUGAUCUGUAGGUCAGAGGCCAGCUAACGAUCAGGAGAUGAGCAGCGUGCUUUAAUAAUGGAAGCAAAAAGGGAUGAAAACUCGGUCUGUCAACACAGAAUAUCUGAGCCACCCAUGGGUUGUUGAGGUAAAUAGCUCCUAAUGGUCAUGCUGACAAAUGCCCGCUUCUUACUUCAGUUUUUUUAAUCUAAAUGAUUAAAUCCAUAAUUUACAGCGAAGCAACACAAAGCCUUGUUUGUCUUACUAAAAUAAACCAAUAUUUAAAAGUU